GGUGACGGUAGGUCCGCCUAGGAGUGGGAGAGUCCGCUCUGGACAUCAUUGCUACCUAGGAUUAUUCUGAAUGAGUUUUGCUAUAAACAGCUGACUUACAUAACACUUCGUAAUUCAGUUAGUGCACUCACAGCUAUCUGUCUGGUGUAUUUCCAGAGGAAAGGACACGUUUAACUACAUUUUAUUUUGGUAUAGACCGCCAUUGUAUAUAUUUUUCUCUUAGAGGUGUCAAGAGCGGUCGUUGCGGAGGAUAACUUAACACGAGGUGAAUUUUAGAGCGCUCAUUAUGUCAGUGGUAGGCAUUGAUGUGGGUUUCCAAAAUUGUUACAUCGCUGUGGCCAGGAGCGGUGGCAUUGAAACCAUUGCCAAUGAAUACAGUGACAGAUGCACACCGGCUUGUGUGUCUUUGGCCUCAAAAAACCGCAUGAUUGGAAAUGCAGCCAAGAGUCAAAUUAUAACAAAUUUCAAAAAUACAGUCCAUGGCUUCAAAAAGUUCCAUGGCAGAGCAUUUGAUGACCCAUUUGUUCAAACGGAAAAACUCAAACUGCCUUACAGCUUGUAUAAACUGGCCAAUGGAAACACUGGAAUUAAGGUGCGUUAUUUGGAUGAGGACAAAGUGUUCACAGUUGAGCAAAUCACGGGGAUGCUGCUCACCAAGCUGAAGGAGACAUCAGAGAGCACCUUGAAGAAGCCUGUGGUGGACUGUGUCAUCUCUGUCCCAAGUUUUUUCACAGAUGCUGAAAGGCGAUCAGUGUUUGAUGCAUCUCAAAUCGCAGGCUUAAACUGUUUACGGCUGAUUAAUGAUACAACUGCAGUGGCUUUGGCUUAUGGAAUCUACAAACAGGACCUUCCUACUCCAGAAGAGAGGCCCCGAAAUGUCGUCUUUGUGGACAUGGGACAUUCAUCAUUCCAGGUCUCAAUCACAGCCUUCAAUAAAGGCAAACUCAAGGUCCUAGCCACAGCAUUUGACCCGUACCUUGGUGGGCGUAAUUUUGAUGAGGCGUUGGUUGAUUACUUCUGUGAGGAGUUCAAGGGCAAGUACAAGCUCAAUGUGAAGGACAACCCAAGAGCUCUGCUGCGGCUGCACCAGGAGUGUGAGAAACUGAAGAAGCUCAUGAGUGCCAACUCCUCCGACCUGCCUCUCAACAUAGAGUGCUUCAUGAAUGAUAUUGAUGUUUCCAGCAGGAUGAACAGGGGCCAGUUUGAAGACUUGUGUGCUCAGUAUCUGAUGAGAGUAGAGGUGCCACUGAAAGCAGUCCUUGAACAAUUGAAGCUGAGCCGGGAUGAUAUCUAUGCAGUAGAGAUAGUUGGAGGCGCCACAAGAAUCCCAGCUAUCAAAGAGAGGAUUGCCAAGUUUUUCUGCAAGGACAUCAGUACCACACUCAAUGCAGACGAAGCUGUAGCGAGAGGCUGUGCACUUCAGUGUGCAAUUUUGUCUCCAGCAUUUAAAGUGCGUGAAUUCUCCAUCACUGAUGUGGUUCCCUUUCCCAUUACUCUUCGCUGGAAAUCACCAACAGAGGAUGGACUGGGAGAAUGUGAAGUGUUUAGUAAGAAUCAUGCUGCUCCGUUUUCCAAAGUAAUCACCUUCCACAAGAAGGAGCCCUUUGACCUUGAAGCCUUCUACAGCAGCCCUCAGGAUCUCCCAUGCCCAGACCACAGGAUAGGGUGCUUUUCAGUACAGAAUGUGAUUGCCCAGCCAGAUGGAGACAGCUCUAAAGUGAAGGUCAAAGUGCGUGUCAACGUCCACGGCAUCUUCAGUGUGUCAAGUGCGUCUCUUAUUGAGAAGCAGAAAGGAGAGGGAGAGGACAUGCAAACUGACUCGGAGCCGAUGGUGCAGAAUGAAGGCAGAGCAGAAGACCAGACUAAAAUGCAGGUGGACCAGGAAGGCCAAAGCCAAGGGGACCAGCAGAGCGAGGAUACCGGUUCCAGCUGUAAGGAAGUUGCCUCUGGGGAAAAGCAGGACCCAGCAGCAGGGGGGAGCAAGCCCAAAGUCAAGGUGAAAAGUACUGAUCUGCCCAUUGUGGCCAACAACAUUCGACAGCUCGAUGGUGAUGUGCUUAACAGCUUUGUGGAGUAUGAGCGUCAGAUGAUUAUCCAGGACAAACUGGUGAAGGAACUGAAUGAUGCUAAAAAUGCUGUGGAGGAGUAUGUAUAUGAUCUACGGGACAAACUUUGUGGGAUCUAUGAAAAGUAUAUCACUGAGGAGGACAGUAACCGACUGACACUGAUGCUGGAGGACACAGAGAACUGGCUGUAUGAGGAUGGAGAGGACCAGCCCAAACAAGUCUAUGAGGAGAAGCUAGAUGCACUCAAGAGGUUGGGUCAGCCCAUUCAGGACCGGCACAGGGAGCACGAGGACAGGCCGAGGGCUUUUGAAGAGCUGGGGAAAAAACUGCAACUCUACAUGAAGUUUGUGGAUUCCUAUAAACAGAAGGAUGAGCGCUACCUGCAUUUCAGUGCAGAGGAAAUGAGCACUGUGGAGAAGUGUGUGACUGAAAGCAUGGGUUGGAUGAACAGCAAAAUGAAUGCACAGAGCAAACUUGCUAUAACUCAAGAUCCGACUGUUAAAGUAGCAGACAUCAUUUCCAAAAUACAGGAACUGGAGGAUGUAUGUAAUCCAGUAAUCAACAGGCCAAAGCCCACAGUGGAGGAGGCCCCUGAAGUGAAUGAUCAAAACAGUGGUGCUCAUAACGGCCCGACAGCCAAGCAAGGAGCAGAAGGGAAGGCAGACACAAAGGGAAGCCAGGAGACGAAGCCUGGCACGAAAGAGAUGGAGGUGGACUGAGAACAUUGUCUGAGAAGCAAACUCUGCAACCAUCACUGCGUUUACCAUCACUGACCAUGUAGAUAGACAGUAGAAACCUGAAUACUUGGGACCAUUUCUCAAUCCUCACCAGCCACUUUUGUCGAUUUUGUUUUUUGCCCACUUUCCCCUGCCCCACUGGACUUUACCUUUUGAGGUCUUUGUUUUCACCCUUUCAUCCUUAUGUAUGUGUGACAUUGUUGUGCUUUACUAUCUCAAAGGUUUGACAUACCUAAUAAAUGAAAGAAUGGUGCAAUAGAUUCUGAUGUAAAAUGGUUUCCUCUGUACCACACAGUACAGCAUGGUCUGCUUUGCAUGUGCAAUCCAUGUGUCUCAUAAGUGUGCAGUAUCAACAGUUAAGUCCUAUCAAGAUAGUCCAAACAGUUGCUAUUGCAGAACUAAUAGCCUGUAUGCAAAUACUAAUUAUACAAAUUAUAUAUAUUUGUAUUUAAUGAGAUUGAUAUGUCCAUGUCUAAAAACUGUAAAUACUAUUUUAGUACACAAAAACAGCCAGAAUAUAUCAGUAGAUAAAGAACACAUUCCUAGGGUUACAUUAGCAAUGCUUGGUACACCAAAUCUUUUUAGUGAGUGGUUUCCUUUUUGUUUUCUUGUAUUUUUCCAUAGUUAAAUCAUGUGAUUUGAAAAUAGCAAAAAUAAACUGAUUUAAAUGUAAGACAAUUUUUUUGGGGGCUAAAACUUUGAUUUUCAGCAGCUGAACCUGAAAGAAACUGGUCAGAUCUAAUCAAUACUUGUGUCUCAGUGCAGUCUUGGGAUGAGAUCUGGAAUGUACAUUUGAUCCUUCUGCAAAAUAAAUAAAUAAAUAAAUAAAUAAAAAAUAAACGGGAGAGAUUGUGGUUUACUACAAACCUAUAAUCAUGGAACUAAAAUGAAAGUGAAGAUUGCACAGACACACAACUGCUUGUGAUGUUUGUUUUUUUAACUCAGCUAGUAAAAUGAAGCUUGAAGGCAUAAUGUGGAUCCACAGAGUUUGAAAAUGAAAUUAACAACUAAUUGUGACUAACAACAGAUUAGAUGUUGAAUGCAACCAGGGCAUUAUGAAAUAAUCACAUAAAUGUUU